AUUAUUACUUCUGUAUAAACUUGUCUUUAUACCAAGAAAACUUUUCGUGUUCUGCAAAGAAAAUAAAUUAUGAAUUUCGACAGUUUCUUUCGUCAAUUUUUCGGAUUAUCGCAUCCUGCGAAAAGACCGUCUGAAGAAGGGCUUGAUGAAGAUUCGCGGAAUUUAGGCAGUAGCGCAAUGUUUCAUGGCGCUCAAUGGAAUAGUGAACUUGAUCAACUUGAUAAAAUAAUGAUCAAACUUCUAAAAGAGAGUUUUGAAAGUCUAUCGAUGUUCACUGAUGUUCCAUUACAUCAAGAACACUUAGACAUGCCUGUAUAUCCACAAGCUUCCCUUAGAGACCAAAUGCUAAAGCCAGGAUUUACAGACCAACCAAAUAAAGAGGACUGGAAACCAGAAAGAAAUAUAAAAGCUGGAGUUAAUGUGGAUGAAACUACCAAAGAUGAAAAAAAUUUAGCUGUGUUGCUACCAAAAGCCAGAGAAGAUGGAAUGUAUUAUUCAACCAGGUCUUCAACAAACUAUUUCCAUAGCUCGAAUGGUGCAACAGAAUCAAAGUCCACAAUAAAUGACAGAGAUGGUUGUUACAGAGAUUUGACAACAAAAGAAUUUAAUGGAAAAAAAUAUGUGAUGGAACGAAAACAGUGCCCUGGAGCUCCCCCACAGACAACAGAAACACUCAUUAACUUGUCUAGGGAAGAAUUGCCAGAAUUCUUAAAAAACUGGCGAACUGAUCAGGGUGUUGGAAAUCAAGAUAUGUUUGACUUUUGGGGCUCCUUUAAAUAAAUAAAAUUUUAUUUUAAUUGUAUAUUUUUGGAGAAUAAUUGUAAUCAUUUAAAAUUAAAUAAACAUACAAUACACAUACAA